AACUAACUCCGACUGGUACUCGAUUCCGAUUCGGAUUCGAAUCAACAAUGUCGAAUCCUGCAGCCGUCACCACCGCCGUCACCGGCAGAGGAUCAAUCACUCACGUCAUAUUCGAUAUGGACGGUCUUCUUCUCGACACAGAGAAGUUUUACACUGAGGUCCAAGAGAUUAUACUUGGUAGAUUCAAUAAAAAAUUUGAUUGGUCUCUUAAGGCUAAAAUGAUGGGUAGAAAAGCAAUAGAAGCUGCCAGGAUCUUUGUUGAAGAAAGCGGGAUUAGCGACUCUCUUUCUGCUGAGGACUUCCUUGUCGAGAGAGAGUCAAUGUUGCAAGACCUUUUCCCUACUAGUGAGCUCAUGCCAGGGGCUAGCCGACUCAUCAAGCAUCUCCAUUCAAAGAAUAUUCCAAUAUGUAUCGCUACCGGUACUCACACACGGCAUUAUGAUCUAAAAACCCAAAGACACAGAGAGCUUUUCUCAUUGAUGCAUCACAUAGUUCGCGGUGAUGAUCCAGAGGUGAAGCAAGGAAAGCCUGCCCCAGACGGGUUUCUCACUGCAGCUAGGAGAUUUAAGGACGGUCCUGUGGAUUCACAAAAGGUUCUGGUGUUCGAAGAUGCUCCAUCUGGAGUUCUUGCUGCUAAAAACGCCGGAAUGAACGUGGUGAUGGUACCGGAUCCUAGACUAGAUAUCUCUUACCAAGAUGUUGCAGAUCAAAUCAUAACCUCUCUACUCGAUUUUAAACCGGAGGAGUGGGGUUUGCCUCCAUUCGAAGAUUCAAACUAAACGAUACAAGCGUCUUCAAGGUAAUGAUAAAAACACAAAUCAUGAAAACGUAUUCUCUGUCUUAUUGUACUGUUUUGGCAUGUACAUGACAAAGCCAUGAGGCAUUAUGUCGUCAAGGGUUCUAUGAUUUUCUGGCUAUUGAAGAUAAAAAACGAAACUAAGU